UCACACCAAAAGACAGUCACCAUGUCGUCCAGAGCCGGUCUCCGUUUCUUCAAUGCCUUCCGCCAACAGGCUGCCCGCACCGGCAAGCCCGUCGCCCAAAGACGUACCUAUCAGUCCGCAGCAGAGACCAAUGUCGAACCCCCACCAAACCAGUCUCGUCUCCAACAGCUCUGGCAGUCUCCCGUCGGUCCCAAGACCGUCCACUUCUGGGCUCCCAUCAUGAAGUGGGGUCUCGUUCUCGCUGGUGCUGCCGACUUCGCUCGUCCAGUCGAAUCGCUUUCUCUUUCCCAAAACGGUGCGCUCAUGGCUACUGGUUUGAUCUGGACCCGCUGGUGCUUCGUUAUCAAGCCCAGAAACCUUNUUGUACGUGCCAUCGGCCUCUCAUGGAACGUGAACCUCGCUUCCGUCAACUUCCUUCUCUUCUGCGUCGGCGCAACACAGGUCUCGCGUAUCCUUCUCUGGCAACAAGCUCAAAAGGGCGACUCCAUCCCCGAGGAACUCAAGAAGGCUGGCAAGCAGGAGGGUAGAGAGCUUGAGGCUAUUGCUAAGGACCCUAAGGGCGCCUAUGAGAACGCCAAGAAGGUUUGA